GAAUCAAAUUUUCAUUACCCCCAAAAAAAUAACAACAAAAACAAAUAGAAACUCAACUAAAGAUUCAAUUUCAAAUCUCGUCCUCUUCAGAUCUCAUUAAAAAAAAAAAAAAAAAAACUCCAACAUUGUAAAACACGCUCUCUCUCCGAUUUCUUCUUCUUCUUCAUUGUGCAUUCAUUGCCACGCAAUAUUAGGGUUUCUUACAUUCCCUUCUUUUUUUAAUUUUUUCCUUUUAUAAUUUUCGAAUUCGGCGUUUGAUUUGAGAAGCGGUUUUCGACGAUUCCGAUGUCGGCUUCCACGGUGUCCAUCACGGCGGCGAACCCGGGGACGCGUCGGAGACCGGUCAUCGCCGCCGAGAAAAAAACUCCCUCCAACAUCGAACUCCUCGCCAACGACGUCGCUGUCUCCCCGGCCGCCGUCGCAACUUCCGGCGACGGCGGCGGCGCUGGCUCUGGGCGCGACCUCAGCCACCACUCGAUCCGAGGCGAGGCUCUCCUCGAGCGAGCGUCCCGCGACUUGGCUCCGGUGAAGAAGGUCGCCGGCGGGAACUCGGCGUCGGUCCCUCCGCGACGGCUGCGGAAGCCGGCAGCGAAGGCCGAGAAGCCGCGGUGGGUAACGGUGGUGAGAAUAUUUGGGAAGAAUUUGGUGCUCCUUGUAGUGCUGAUGGGGCUGGUUCAGUUGAUCCGGAGGUUGGCGUUGAAAUCCGGCGACGCCGCCGACGGGGGCUACCCGGGGUUGUCGGAAUUCGAGGGGCGGAUUUCGGAUGUGGAGGGGUUGUUGAAGAGGACGGCGAAGAUGAUUCAGGUGCAGGUUGAUGUGGUGGAUAAGAAGAUUGAGAAUGAGGUUAGAGGGUUGAGGAAGGAGCUGAGUGGUAAAAUUGAUGAGAAAGGUGUAAUUUUGGAAAGUGGGUUGAGGAAAUUGGAGGCUAGGAGUGAGGAAUUGGAGAGUCGUAUGAGUGAGUUGAAGAGGGAGGAUUGGUUGACAAAGGAGGAGUUUGACAAGUUUGUUGAGGAAUUGAGGAAUGUGAAGGGGUACGAGGGUGGUGGCUUGGAUGAGAUAAGGGAAUUCGCGAGAGGGGUGAUUGAGAAGGAGAUUGAGAAGCAUGCUGCUGAUGGGCUUGGAAGGGUGGAUUAUGCUCUUGCCAGUGGUGGUGCUGCGGUGGUCAAGCAUUCGGAGGUGUAUAAUACGGGAAAGGGCAAUUGGUUCACGAUGGCUGCUAAAAAUGGUGUUCACCCAAGUGCGGAAAAGAUGUUGAAACCGAGCUUUGGCGAGCCUGGCCAGUGUUUCCCCUUGAAGGAUAGCAAAGGGUUUGUUCAGAUUAAGCUGCGCACUGCCAUCAUUCCUGAGGCUGUUACCUUGGAACAUGUAGCAAAGAGUGUUGCAUAUGAUAGAUCAAGUGCUCCUAAAGAUUGCAGGGUCUCUGGUUGGCUGCAAGGGAAUAAUGCUGAUUCUGUUCUUGAUAGCAAAAAGAUGUAUCUUCUAGCCGAAUUUUCGUAUGACCUUGAAAAGAGCAAUGCUCAAACAUUCAACGUGUUGAGUUCAGCAGCCUCUGGUGUUAUCAACACGAUAAGACUCGAUUUUACAUCCAACCAUGGAAGCCCUUCACACACAUGUAUAUAUCGAUUGAGAGUCCAUGGUCACGAGCCUGACUUGGUUUCUAUGAUGGCACUGGGAUCAUAAUGUGGUUUGCUUAGAAUUUUGUCAAUUUCUGUGUAGUUGUCCAAUGUAUUUUGUUUAGAUGUAGGAUAGAAUGUCAUGGACUCCGUUGUUACUGGAUGCAGUCAUUUGACUUAUUGCUUCUUCAUAUGGAUUUUGUAUUUAGUGUA